AUGACAGCGGGAACAGUUGUAAUCACCGGCGGAAUCCUAGCGACUGUGAUCUUACUCUGCAUCAUUGCUGUCCUGUGCUACUGUCGGCUCCAGUAUUACUGCUGUAAGAAAGAUGACUCUGAUGACGAGGAAGAGGAAGAAGGACAUGAUCUCUCUGCUCCAUCAAGAUUUUCCACCUGCAAUUCUUGCAACUCCCAGGUCCGGGAUGGACAAGGUGACCUGGCACCACUCCCCAGUGAGCCCUCUGACCAGCAUCGAGGUGCUCAGAGCCACUGCCCCAGUUGUGCCCCCUACAGCUCCCCCUUUUACAUACGGACAGCUGACAUGGUCCCCAAUGGUGGGGAGAGGCUCACCUACACUCCCACUUGCUACAAGGAGUUGGGGCCCCCACCCCUCAAAAUGUCAUCGCUCCAGAGUUUCUCGGUGACCAGACCAGGCCUUGGACGUGAGGCCUUUACCAAUCCAAGGGCUAUUAGUACAGAAGUAUAA